AUGGCGCCGUCAACACGCUCCCGAGGCGCCCCCGCACCAAGCCGAAUCUACAAUUCAACCCCAUCCCUCCAGCAGGCCCAGUUCCCCCCGCGCAAGAAGACUGUUCGCACAUAUGGCAGGCAAAAUCAGAAAACCAAGGGGUUGAGACAGCAGACGUUAACACAAAUAGAUUUUGUGUCCAGCUUUGAGGAGGAUGCUGAAGACGAUCUAUUGAGUGAUGCGACUGAGGAAGGGAACGACGAAGGGAAUGCGGCCGAGGACAAGGAGAAUGACAUGCUGUCAGAGCUGCCCAAUCUCGAAGAGAAGGGGAGCGAUGGUGAUGAAACCGAAUCUGGUGAGGAGGAAGCAGAGCAGGAGGAAGAACCAGUUCGCCCAGGGAGAAAGCGCCGGGGUGCUUUGAAAGAGAAGAGCAACGAUAAUCAGACCACCAAGAGACGGCGGACGUUCGGCGGCAAGGUGGGAAUGAAGCAGAGCAAAAACUCAAGGCGCAAGACCGUCGGCGAUCCUCCAAGUUCAAGUUACCACACCCAGACCUUGACCCAGUGUUAUGCGAAGGGUCAACUGAUAAAGGAUUCAGAGGACGAGGAUGGGGCCGACAUGGAGGACGACGGCAAGGAAAAUGUCGACAACGACGGCUUCGAUGAUUGGCUCCGUGAGCCCAACAGCCCAAGCCCUCAGCCAAGACAAGCUCCGGCUGAAAGCUUACCAGGGCUAGAAGACAUAUUUGAAAGUGCCUCACAGCGUAUCGCUUCACAAGAGGGAUCAAUCAUCCCCCAGACUAUUGCGAAACGCAACAGACGCGCCGUAAUACCAUCGUCUAGCCAGCUCUCCACGCCGCUCAGCAGCCAUCUUCUCUCUCGAUAUGGUCCGCUCUCGGGCAUCCACGAGUCACCGUCCGUUCGGGGAACGCAGGCAGACUCGAAACCUCACCAACUCGAUGAACUGCCUGGGACGGUGACUUCGCCAACACCAACUAGAAGGAAACUAAUUAUCGAGGACUCUUACGCAACGGGAAGCUGGGGCUCAGAGAAUCAAACACAAUCUAAGCGUUCGCCCUUGAAAGACGUCACCCGUGAUACUGGUGGCGCACCAAGUCUGGCUCCGAGCCGAGAAACUACUAGUUCUUCAGAUGAAGAACUGAUGAACACCCCGACAAGAGCAAGGCCACGCAGAGACGCUGGUCUAGAGUCAGGAGGCAGGCUCCGGUCAUCACAAGCCAGGUCAAGACUUAGCACGCCGUCUCCAUCGAAGAGAAAGAAGUUUUCGCCCAUCAAGUCUACAAUGGGUCUCCGCGAAAUCCCCGAUUCGGAUGAAGAGUCUGAAUUCUGGGGCGAGGAGGAGAUCGACCAGGAAAACCAAGCUCCUAUCAACGAGCCAGAAACGGAACCCGGCUCUGGUAAAUCACAACGUGGUGGAUCUGGCGCUGGAACUCAACGCACCAGACCUGAAGGACUAGGGCUGUCAAAUGCACCCCCACAAGAGAAAGGGGGAACGAGUUUCAAAGACAAAGGCAUCGAGGUCGUUGAAGAUUCGACAGAAGGCGAGGAUAGUGAUGAUGACGACCAGUUUGCUGCCGGACCCGAUACGCUCUUCGUCUUGGAUGAACUUGGCACAUCGUACCGCAGCACAGCCGAUGAAGCGCUCACGCAAAGCCGAAGGCACGAGCCAAGUUCAACACCUCGAACAACACAGCCUAUACCUACACCCCAGGAACCUCUCUCUUCAAAGCCUCUUCGCGAGCCUAUCCAUUAUCCCGCACCGACACACACCCAGACACAACCCCUUGAGUCGCAGCGUGUUCCUCUCGCAGUUAUCCAGGGCCUCGGCGAGCCAGCCUACGCCACCGAUAUCCUCCUCCCCGUCUCGCCCACAGUUGUAUCACGACUUGCUAGCGGGCAUCUCGUUCACAUCAACCUCCCUUUCAAGAUAUAUCCCCAAGUCACUCGGUUCUGGCUCUAUGACGGAUCCCUACUUCAAUAUCUUGCAUGCCCCCAGCCAGGAGUGCAGCAGGGGCCAAGCGAAUGGAGACAUGAGAUUGACCAAGUAUAUGAAUUGAACAACCCUCGCGAUGAGGAAGACAUGCGAGAGGAGGAGUGGUACCACGACACCAUCGGCAGGUACAAAUACCUCCCGCCCGCCAUUGUGAGCCAGCUUCUCUCCAACCUCAGACACAAGCUUUUCAGCACCGACGCUGGGCAACAAACCCCCGCCGAGGCUGUCGAACUUCCAUCCGACCCCCCAUCCGACGAGCAACCCAUCCCAUUGCCAAACUACACGAACCAGCUCGCCCCCAGCAGUUCCAUGGGCAUCAGCAUCUCCCAACAGGUCGAGGCCCAGCUUCGCAGCGAAUCGGACCGGCUGACCGAGAACCCGGGCUCCGAGGACACCAUCCUCGUCCCUUCGACCCCAAUGUCCAACCGGAAGACCCCGACCGCGCACAACAGACAGAGCAUCGUGCGCCCCUCGCAGGCCACGACGGUCUCUGUAGCCUCGACCCCCGACAAGUACCACCGCCACCGCCAAAGCCAGCAGUCAAAGCAGCAGCAGCAGCACCAAACCCCGUCCCUCCGCUCCUCGCACCACCACCACUCAUCCAGCAGCCACCUGACCUUCCAGGACUACGGCUCCUCCUCGCCCCCGCUGGUCCUCCCCAACUCCAACAACGGCCACAGCGCCUCGCAGCUCCUCUCCAAGAGCCAGAUGCUUCCCGACAGCCUGCUGCGCGACGAGUCUCAGAUGCCCCCGGAGAUCUGGAGUUCCGGCGAAGAAGAUGAUUGA